ACAACGGAAGUAGAGAAGCCAUAGUUAGACCUUGCAAACUCCUCCCCCUUUCGACUUUCUCAGAUCUGUUUCUCUUUCACUCUCUAGAGAGACGGAUACAGCUUUUUUUUUUCUUCAAUCCUCAUAGCAAUUAGCUAUGGCGAUUAGGUCUUUUUUUCUCUUUAUUUUAUUCUUCUCCUCUUCUCUAAGUCCGGUCUUUUCUCUUUAUGAAGAUCAAGUAGGUCUCAUGGAUUGGCAUCAACAAUACAUCGGCAAAGUGAAGCAAGCAGUGUUCUCCUCUCAAAGAGCUGGUCGAAAACGAGUUGUAGUUUCCACCGAAGAGAAUGUUAUUGCUUCACUUGAUCUCCGCCACGGCGAGAUUUUUUGGAGACAUUUGCUUGGGGCUGAUGAUGUUAUCGAUGGAAUUGAUAUCGGUCUUGGCAAAUAUGUCAUUACCCUUUCAUCGGGAGGAAGUAUUCUAAGAUCAUGGAACCUUCCUGAUGGGCAGAUGGUGUGGGAAUCUUCACUUCAGGGUCCAAAGCACUCAAAAUCAUUCUUAUUAGUGCCGACAAACUUGAAAUUUGAUAAGGAUAAUGUACUCGUCGUUUUUAGCAAUGGCCGUCUCCAUGCUAUAUCUUGUAUAGAUGGUGAGGUUCUUUGGAAGAAGGAUUUUGAAGCAGAAAGCUUUGAGGUUCAGCAGGUAAUUCAGCCUCCCGGCAGUGAUUUGAUAUAUGUUGUAGGAUUUGCUGCUUCAUACCAGUUUGAGAUGUACCAAAUCAAUGCUAAGAAUGGAGAGUUGUUGAAGCAUGAAAGUGCAUCCUUUUCUAGUGGGUUUUCGGGAGAAGUUUCACUAGUUUCCACUGAGACAGUUGUGGCUCUUGAUUCCACAGGGUCAAUUUUGCUAACAAUAAGUUUUCAAGAUGGAAAAAUUAGUUCUCAACAGACACCCAUUUCAAAUCUUGUCGAGGAGUCUUUAGGACCGGCAGUAAUAAUACCUUCAUCAGUCUCAGGAAUAUUUGCAAUUAAGACAGAUGCAGUUACUGUAUUUAUUAGAGUGAUAGGUGAAGGCAAGUUAGAAGUCGUGGAAAAAACGACUCAUGAAAUAGCUGUUAGUGAUGCUCUCUCAAUCUCCGAGGAUCAAGAAGCAUUUGCAUUGAUUCAGCAUGCAAGCAGUGAGAUUCAUCUCACAGUGAAACUUGCACAUGAUUGGGAUGGUAAUUUGCUUAAAGAAAGCGUUAAGAUGGAUCGGCAACGAGGGCUUGUCCACAAGGUUUUCAUAAAUAAUUAUAUCCGAACUGAUAGGUCUUAUGGAUUUCGGGUGUUGAUUGUGAUGGAAGAUCAUUCAUUGUUGUUAUUACAACAAGGUGAGAUUGUCUGGAGCAGGGAAGAUGGUCUGGCAUCAAUAAUUGAUGUAACAACUUCAGAACUUCCCGUGGAAAGGAAUGGUGUAUCUGUUGCAAAAGUGGAGCACAACCUCUUUGAAUGGCUUAAGGGACAUAUGUUGAAGCUGAAGGGAACACUAAUGCUUGCAAGCCCUGAGGAUAUGGCAGCCAUACAAAGUAUGAGACUAAAAAGUUCUGAAAAGAGCAAAAUGACCCGAGACCACAAUGGCUUCCGGAAGUUGCUCAUAGUACUAACAAGGGCAGGGAAACUUUUUGCGUUGCAUACUGGAGAUGGACGCAUUGUCUGGUCUCACUUGCUACGGUCUCUACACAAAUCAGAGGCGUGUCAAUCUCCAAUAGGAUUAAACUUGUAUCAGUGGCAGGUUCCUCAUCAUCAUGCUAUGGAUGAAAAUCCAUCUGUGCUUGUAGUUAGCAGGUGUGGUCCAAGUUCAGAUGCACCAGGUGUACUUUCUUUUGUUGACACUUACACGGGAAAGGAGCUUAGUUCUUUAAGUCUCGAUCAUGCUGUUGUACAAGUUAUUCCACUUCCAUAUACAGAUUCAACAGAACAGCGACUGCAUCUGCUGAUCAAUGCUGAUAAACAUGCACAUCUAUACCCUAAAACUUCUGAGGCUCUUAGCAUCUUCAAACGUGAAUUUUUGAACAUAUACUGGUAUUCAGUGGAGGAUCAAAAUGGCAUCAUCAAGGGGCAUGCUUUGAAGUGCAAGUGCACUGGCGAAGUGGCUGAUGAAUUCUGCUUUGACACAAGGGAUUUAUGGUCAGUUGUAUUCCCCUCGGAAUCAGAAAAGAUUGUUGCAACUGUCACUAGAAAAUUGAAUGAGGUGGUACAUACUCAAGCGAAGGUUGUAGCAGACCAGGAUGUCAUGUAUAAAUAUAUAUCAAGGAAUCUACUUUUCGUGGCAACUGUUGCACCCAAAGGCAGUGGUGAAAUUGGAUCUGUUACACCGGAAGAAUCAUGGUUGGUUGCAUAUCUUAUUGACACUGUAACAGGUCGUAUAUUGCACCGGGUUACUCAUCAUGGUUUGCAGGGCCCUGUUCAUGCUGUUUUUAGUGAGAACUGGGUUGUCUACCACUACUUCAAUCUUAGAGCGCACAGAUAUGAGAUGUCCGUCAUUGAAAUUUAUGACCAGUCUCGGGCUGACAACAAAGACGUUUGGAAGCUUGUUCUUGGAAAGCACAACCUUACUUCACCAAUUUCUUUAUUUUCUCGACCUGAGGUCAUAACAAAAUCACAGUCCUACUUUUUUACUCAUUCUUUGAAAGCUAUAGCUGUGACAUCUACAGCAAAGGGUAUAACUUCCAAGCAGCUUCUCCUUGGUACAAUUGGUGAUCAGGUUUUGGCACUUGAUAAGCGUUUCCUAGAUCCUCGUCGAACAGUUAAUCCUACACAAGCAGAAAAGGAAGAAGGCAUUAUACCACUAACAGAUUCAUUACCCAUCAUUCCUCAGUCCUACGUUACACAUGCGCUUAGAGUGGAAGGUCUUCGAGGUAUAAUAACAGUGCCAGCCAAGCUGGAAUCGACAACCCUCGUCUUUGCACAUGGAGUUGACCUCUUUUUCACGCAGCUUGCACCUUCAAGGACAUAUGAUUCACUCACGGAAGAUUUUAGUUAUGCCUUGCUACUCAUUACAAUCGUGGCACUUGUAGCAGCCAUCUUCGUAACGUGGAGGUUGUCCGAGAGGAAAGAACUGCAAGAGAAAUGGAGGUAAAGUAAGUUUCUGCUCAAUACAUUUGUGUAUUAACACAUUUGCUUAGAUGACACACACCCUUAAUUAUUUAUUUGAAUUAGAUUAGAAGGGGUCUCCUUCUGACUUGUAGUUCUUCCAAGUUUUGUAGCAUUCCAUCUUUAAUGUCUAUUUUCAUUGCUAUGUUUUAACAA